GGUUUCCAUGGCAACGGGAGGAAGGAUGCAGGAAACUCGCCGCAGCAUCACUUCCGCCGAGAAGAGAUGAUGAAGCAGACUUUGACAGACGACACCGAAGAUGUCUCUCUUGACUUUGGAAGCGAAGAGGAGCUGGCGCUGAGCAAAGCCAAAAUCAGGCACCCGCUGGCCACCUUCUUCCACCUUUUCUUCCGGGUCAGUGCCAUCGUGGCUUAUUUGCUCUGCGACUGGUUCAGCAAGAGCUUCAUCGCUUGCUUCGUCCUCAUCCUCGUCCUCCUCUCCUUCGACUUCUGGUCGGUCAAGAACGUCACCGGCCGGCUCCUGGUGGGCUUGCGUUGGUGGAACCAGAUCGACGAAGAUGGGAAGAGCCACUGGGUUUACGAAGCCAAGAAGGUCCCUUCCGCGGCUGCAGCUCCGACCGAAGCCGAAGCCCGGAUAUUUUGGCUGGGAUUGAUUAUCUGCCCCGUCAUAUGGACCCUCUUCUUCUUCAGCACUUUGUUCUCCUUGAAACUCAAAUGGCUGGCGCUGGUCACGGCCGGCAUUUGUCUCCAAGCGGCAAACCUCUAUGGCUACAUCCACUGCAAACUCGGAGGGUCCCAAGCCAUGCACAGAAACGUCACUGCAAGAUUCCCGGGGCAAAAGAUGUUCCAGAGGGAAAUGCCGGAGGAAUUCCAGAAAACGGUCCUGAAAGGGAUGGGGACCCGGAAUCAUUAAAAGGAGACCAAAAAAAGGGAUGAUGGACUGUGAGAUGGUCAUAGUCCCGAAGGAAAAAUGUGCCUUUAUAUGGUUUUGAGACUAACUGAAGAGCAAAGCGGAUGCGAAGCAGACGGAAGCGACGCCAGAAACACUCCUGAAAUAGAAAAAGAGAUGUACUUUUAAAAAUAAAAACACCGUCUAACUUU